UUCACCUCACACUGGAGCUUUUCCUUUGCGACUCCACCUAAAAACCGCGUUUCUCCUUCAUCUCGAGUUUCUCCGCUCUCCGCGCAAAGGCGCGUCACCACGCCACCAUGACCGACCUCUGCAAGAAUUGCGGUUGCUGUCACCUGGGCAUGGAUCCGUCGCCGUGUCAGAAGAUGCUUGAGUCCUGUCACACCUGCAAGCAAUGGGGACACACCACGAACUUCUGUCCUUUGGGCGUGCGCGACGCGAAUGGUCAGAUCGGACCAUUGGUAGGAAGCGCAUUUGCUCUUCGAAAAGCGAUGGAUUCCUGACGUUGCCUAGUAUUGGAUGAUCUGCUCUAACUGCGAUCGCUGGCAUCUUCCACAGCCAUGCGAGUUACCACUCCAGCAAUGCACUCAGUGCCACAACUACGGACACAUCGCGCAUUACUGCCCAGUCAACCCGCUGCCACUGAGACUCAUGAGAAACAACGCCCAGGCUCCUCCGCGACAAGCAGCUAGUGCUGAUCGCAAACGUAAGCACGAAGACGAGGAGGAGAACGACAGACUGAUGGUCAAGCUGCCGUUGGCGGUUCUCGACAUCAAACACGUUCACCCAUCACUGCUUGCGCAGAUUCGUAGGAGUUUAGUGAACGAGGUCACUCAGCUACUCCAGCAUCAUACGCGCGACGACGUCCUGGCUUUGUUCCUGCACGAUGUUCCUCUUCCACCGUCUGCCAGUCGCUUGGAGGGCGGGAAUCGCCCUGUCGACCAAAUGGGAGCAUUCAGACCCAGCAGUCAUUAUGCUUCGGCGAAGAUUCCUGAGCAACAACUUGCCCUGUCGCCAUCAGCACAGCAAGUAGCUCGUGUUCCGGUCACACCAAUCACUGCAAAGAAGGCUAAGAAAAACACCGGACAGAAGCCAUGUGCAGAUUGCAAAGCCAGACAUCAGAGGUGCAGACACACCAUUGCCGACGGUGAACGUCCGUCAGACACUCCCGCUUUGCCAGAGUCUGCCGAUCAUGCAACGCUGCAGCCAGCUCUUGAUCAGCAACUCGCCUUGGAUUCCGGGCUUCAGCAAAGUCAAGUCGAAGACGUGUUCACCAAUCAGCCGAUGCUCUCCGGCGCUGAGCAGAUGGGCACAAUUUCAUCGGAUCUUACGCUGAAUGCUCCAGCUGUCGGAUUUGUUCCCCAGGACACUCACCAAGAGCAGGCAUGGAUGCUCAACACAACUGUCAGCGAUCUCAACAUGCUAGCCGAAGCUGCGCAACAGGUGAAUGCUCAACUGGAGCAGACGCCAUCGAACGAUCACGUCGUCGUUCAAGCCGGUGUCGAGAUCCACCCUUCGAGUGAGCAUUUCAACGCCAUGGACUUUAGCCAGCUUCUCAACAGUGACUCCGCGGCUCUUCCCACGAACGGCGAUGCCCACGAUGGGCAGUUUCAUGGUGUGCUUGGUAUUCCAUCAGAAGCCGACCAGCCGAGAAAGCGUUCCACUCGAAAGAAGAGUAAGUCACGUACGUCCCGCUUCUACGCGCGUACUGACUGAUGCCAGAGACGUAGAGAUGCUGUGAGACACUGUCUCCGCACGUCAGCCCCAAAUAUGCUCUCUUCCACCCACACUGCAGCGAUGGCAUUCUUUUAUUGCUCUGUGAUUACAGCAUUACUUCGACCACGGUGCCAUUCUUUGCGUCAAAGGCAAUCAUCAGCGGCCCAACAGAGCUGAGAAAAAAAGGCCGGCAAUAG